UCCACCUCCUCUCUCUCAUCUUGCUGGGGCAUCUGCGCUGCCUGGCUGCAGCUCUUCCACACUGACCAUAGAGGGACCAGAGGAUGCCCACGCAUCAGCGCUUGGUCAUUAAGAUGAGGAGACUCUCCUGCUUUGUUUUUUUGUUCUGUGGGAUAUUUUUGCCUGGAAUCCUUGGUUUUCCACAGAAAAAUACCUCAAUUGAUUGUGAUUCCCUGUUACCAAACUAUGAAGCUGAACCACAGACAUCUGCACCUCCAUAUAUUAUUGCUGUAUCUUUUGAUAACUUUGAGCCAGGAAAUGAAAUCCAAGUGACUCUAGAAGCACUUAAAGAUGUUGGUUUUAAAGGAUUUAAUCUACAAGCUCGAGAAAUAGGAGGAGAUGUUCCUGUUGGUACUUUUAAAAUUACAGAUCCAAACACUAAAGGCUUGGAAUGUCAUAAUGUGAUGAAUUCAGCAGUAAGUAAUGCAAAUUCAGAUGUGAAGCAGAAAGUGACAACAACAUGGAUUGCUCCACUUGAUGUUAAAGAUCUUCAAUUUAUUGCAACUGUUGUUCAAGAUCUAGAGAAAUUUUGGGUUGGAAUUCAAAGCAAAACUCUCACACCUACACAUUCUGAGUCAGUUAAUGGGACAGGAAAAAGUAAAAGGAAGCUCAUGAUAGAAGUAGAAUGUAACAAGCGUGGAGGGACUUACACAACACAAGGACGAUGCAUCAUGGUUGGACCUUCCAGUUCCUCUCAGAACAGCUAUUCAGGCAGUCAGAGUGGAGUAGUCUACACAAUAAGCAAGAGUGGAUGUGGCCCUGGAGGUGCUGCUGGUGCAUAUAGUCAAUACGCCUGUAAUGAUGGUACAUCCUCAUCCAGCAGGGGUCUUGCCUAUGGCCAGUCUGUCCCUUCAAGCAGUUCAGAUGCCAGUAAGAAGGUAGUGGUCAUUGCCAACAGCAACCCUUUUCCACCUGUGCGUCACACCUACCCGCAGAGUUUGGGAAGUUCUGCUACUAGGAUCAUAAUACAGAAUGGACAAAGACAGCAAAGCAGCAGCAGCAGUACUUAUGUUCAGGGUUCCCCAAGCAGUCAGUCCUAUGGCCAGGGAUACCAGCCUCAAGGUGGCACUUCCUAUGGCCAGGGCUACCAGCUUCAAGGUGGCAGUUCCUAUGGCCAGGCUGGGCCAAGUUACUCGGGCAGCAGCAGUUCUUAUGGCCAGGGUUCCCCAAGCAGUCAGUCCUAUGGCCAGGGAUACCAGCCUCAAGGUGGCACUUCCUAUGGCCAGGGCUACCAGCUUCAAGGUGGCAGUUCCUAUGGCCAGGCUGGGCCAAGUUACUCGGGCAGCAGCAGUUCUUAUGGCCAGGGUUCCCCAAGCAGUCAGUCCUAUGGCCAGGGAUACCAGCCUCAAGGUGGCACUUCCUAUGGCCAGGGUGGAUAUCCUUCUUCAGGUGGCAGGAGUGGUUGUGGACAAGGUAUUUCAUAUGAUAGCAAUCCCUGCCACCAGGGUGGAUCAUACUCCUUACAAAACUAUGGUGGUAGCCAACAGAGUGCAUCAUCAUCCUCACAAAAUUAUGGUGGCAACCAGGGUGGAUCGUCCUCCUCAGACAACUAUUAUGAUAGUCAGGAUUCACAAUAUUCCUCAGAUGAUAAUCCCAACGCCUGUGAUGAUAAUGACACUACCUAUAGUGCCAAUGGUCAGAGUUCUGGUUGUGGAAAAAAGAAAGUUGUUGUUGCCCGAGAUACAUCACAUGUUUUGAGCAGAAGAGACACUGAUGUACAGAAUGAGUCUUCUACUUCAAAUAGCAGCUACACCAACCUCCAGGGUGGAUCAUUUAUUGCAACCGGUGGUGGAUCAAGUAGUCAGGGUGGUUGCAUUUGUCCUGAUGGGAGCAGUGGUAAUAGUCAGGGAGCCCCAGGUUCUUCACACAGCACAUAUUCUGGUAACCAGGGAGGGCCUUCCUUCUAUCCCGGAGGAUCCUAUGGACAGGAUGGCCCAGGGUCUUCCCACAGCUCUUACUCCGGUAACCAGGGAGGGUCUUCCAUCUAUUCUGGUGGAUCUUACGGACAGGGAGCCCCAGGUUCUUCACACAGCACAUAUUCUGGUAACCAGGGAGGGCCUUCCUUCUAUCCCGGAGGAUCCUAUGGACAGGAUGGCCCAGGGUCUUCCCACAGCUCUUACUCCGGUAACCAGGGAGGGUCUUCUGUCUAUGACAGCAGCAAUGAAUCCUAUGGUCAGGGUGGAUCUUCCACAUAUAGUGGUACUGGAUCUUACGGUCAGGAUUCACCUUCCAUAGGAGGCAGUGAAACUGAUGACAGUGAUUCCACCUCGCCAUCUGGCAGCCAACAGAGUGAACGGGAUUUUUAUUCCCCAGGAGGCAGCCAGUCAGGUGGACAUGGGUCAUCUUCUCAAGGUGGUGGCUACUCCAGUGGACAGGACUCCUCCUCAUCUGGAAGCAGCCAGUAUGGUGGGCAGGGUUCAAAUUCUUCAGGAGGCAGCCAGUCUGGUGGACAGGGUGGAUGUGAUUGUUCUGGGGGAAGUUCUGGUGGAUCCCCUACCUUAGUCAGAAGUGAUUCCUCCGCAAAUGGCUCGUCUUCUGCUGGAGGCAGCCAGUACAGUAGCCAAGAUUCGUAUUCCUCUGGAGCUAGCCAGUAUGGUGGACAUGGGUCAUCAUCUUAUGGAGGCAGCCGUUAUGGUGGACAAGGUUCACCUUCCUCAGGAGGCAGCCAGCAUGGUGGACAGGGUUCACCUUCUUCAGGAGGAAGCCAGUAUGGAGGACAGGGUCCAUCUUUCUCAGGUGGCAGCCAUUAUGGAGGACAGGGUAUAGCUUCUUCAGGAAGCAGGCAGUAUAGUGGACAGGGCUCUUCUUCAGGAGGCAGCCAGUCUGGUGGACAGGGUGGAUGUGUGUGCCCUGGUGGAAGUUCAGGCUCCUUUGGAGGAAACAGCUACUAUGGUGGACAGGGUUCUUCAUAUUCUGGAAGCAGUCAGUAUGGUGGACAGGGAUCUUCUCCCUCAGGAAGCAGCCAGUAUGGUGGGCCGGGCUCAUAUUCUUCUGGAGGCAAACAACAUGGUAAACCAGGCUUCUCUACAUCAGGAAGCACUUAUUCUGGGAAAUCGAAUUCAACUUCCUCAGGUGACAGUCAAGUGAGCUCUGCUGGGAAACACUCCACUCCCCGACUCCUGCUGUUAUUCAGUGUUUUGAGUGCCUUCGCUCUCUCUGCUGCUACAUCAAAAUGGUCUAUAUGAACUUCUGAAGAGUCGCUUGUCAUCCUAGACAUGGAUUAUAUUCAGUAAUAUUAGAUUAAUUACUUGAUGUAAGAAAAAAAAUACCCUUAAGUCAAAUUGGCAGGUGCUACUUGGCUGUUAUGUUGUAUGUCUAGCUAGUAUGUCAUGCCUCUCAUUAGUUUACCUUUGGUUUUAGUCAUUAGUAGAUAUCAUUAGUUUUGUCAGUGGUUUAGGCAUCAUUUUAAGAGAGCGUAUUGUACCCUACCUAUAUGAUUUAUUUUUAUUUUUUUUUCCCAUGGGGAAUGCGAUGAAUGCCUACCUGAAAUCUGAUUGGUGCGACAAACAAAUACACAGAAAAUAUUUGGUUAUUAACCAAAGUGCAGGAGGUCAAACAAAUGGUUGUAUAGGCAAACUGAGCCACCGUGCCUGGUCAUCAUCGCAUAAAAUAAGGCUAACGUAAACAUCUGAUAAGCAGUCCUUCAUGGGACAGAAGAAAAGAGGCUACAAUAAUAUUGGAGUAUUGGUUUUAGUCUAUUGUAAUCACAUGCAAGUUCAGUAUGGAGGCUGCAAAGCAAAGCAAAAUGCUCCAUGGGACUGAAAUUUUGGGGGGUUAAUUAGAGUUUAUUUGGGGAUUAAUUAGAGUUUAUUCACUAGAGAAGCGAAACAGCUCAGAGAAAAGAAAUGCUGAACUCUGUUCAAACUGAUUGCAAAUACCUAGAGUUCUGUAGAGAAGCAUAUGAGGCAAUGUACCUCAGAUUAGGCUGAUAGUCUAAAAGCUGCUGAGAAACAAUGCAUUUUCCCUUGGGAAGGAAUGGAAAUUUAAUUAAGUUCAUAAAACUGAUAGUAUCUUGUCUCCUUCUCUCAAGCCUUUAGUCUAACCUGUGAUACCCAAUAUAUCUGCAAGUUUAAUUUCAAGAAUGAUGCUGACAUCUGCAAGCAGGUACAGUAAAUGUGGUCACAGAAAGACCAUGGCCCAUUUUUGAGUUCAGGAGCAGUUCCACAUCUUGCAGUGAACUCUUUUGGAGCUGCCAGAGCCACCUUCUCUUUGUGCAGCGACGACUGCUCUGGCACCUUGUUAGCAGUGGUGCGUCCAUUGUACUGCCACUCCUACAGCUCCCGCACCAGCAUCAGCCGCCAGCUAAGCUCCUUUGCUGCUUAGGAGAAUGCAAAGUGCCUUCUCCUAAAGCGCACGUCUAACUAGCGUCUUAUUGAACAUGUGCCUAGUAUUAAAAUUACAUUUACUAGUAGUAUGCUUGUCUCCUAUGCUUUACAGUUGUAAUUGAUGAAUUUCCAUUCACGUUCUGCUACCACCUUCAGUGGGGCCAAGCUUUCACCCAUUUUUGAAAUGCUGCCCAGGACACGCUACCCUUUGCCAAUCAUCAGUAAAUCAGCCUAAGUGUCUGUCAGUGAAGCAUAAAGGAGUUUUGCCUAAGUACGAUCUUCAAAAUUUGGUGGACGAUUUGUUUCUUUGGAAUACGCAACAAGGUUCUCUUUGAGAGGGUCCGUAUCUUAAUUCGAACUAGCCUUGCACUUCUUUAAUAAAUUUAUGAUGGAUUUCAUACAAAA